UCGUCAUAUCCUUCUCGGAAACAACAAAUUCAUAAAAACAACGUCGUCGAGCAGAAGCGAAGCAACAUUUCAGAUUGAACUGAUAUUUUCCAUCGAGGAGCUGUUUGUCAUCGCGUCCUCUAACAUCAAGGUGACUCACGGUCACAUUUAACACCGACACCGACUGAUGGCAGCGUUUUAAUCUUUACCAGCUCACCGGGUUAAUGCACGUUGGUUUUAGCCGUGUGUGCUAAUGCUAAUAAAUGUCGUCUCCUUUUUAACAUCAGCUGACAUCAUUUAACUUUUUCUGACCUGCUGAAGAUUAUCAGGAAGUAAAGGAGAUGGCGGAGCAGAACCUGGAGUCCAAACUGAAGAACCUCCUAAAGCAGGAGAAGAUCCAGCUGUGGCAUCCUCCGUUCACUGAUGACAACCUCCCGGGGGAACAGGCGAUGAAGGAGCUAGCAGAGCGCUACGCGCCUCUCCUGUGUCUGCCUGCGUCGGAGGUAGGUGGCGCUCUGGAGUCGAUCCGAGCUCAGGCUGUGAAGAGAGGAAAAGGCAACAAGACGUUCAGAGAAACCAACGUGGCCACGCUGGAGCUGCUGCUGCCCAGAGACAGCAAGAAGGACCCAAAGGCGAAGACCUACCUGGAGACGAGGCUGGACACACUGGCCCAGGAGGUGAUAGACAGGGUUGGACAGGAGCACGGCCUGAAACACAUCAAACUGAUCCUCAACGGGAAAACGCUGGCAGCAGACCAGGUCCUGGCCGAUCAGGGCGUGAAGAAUCACAGUAAGGUCAUGGUGCUGAGGGUGAGCGAUGCUGAGCUGAAGCGACAGAUGACUGAGGAGGAGGAGAAGAGGACGAACCAGAGCGAGAGCAUCCAGAGGACCAAGAAAGGCUUCCAGAUCCUGUCCGAGAGAGACGGCAGCGAGGAUCCAGACACGGUGCCUUUCCUGGAGAUCGCUGAUCAGAAGGGAAACCCCCUGAAGAUCCCUCACAAGGAGAAGAAGGCCCUGAUCCUGGCCAUGGGCUUCCAUGAGAAAGGUCGAGCUCUGAUGAAGAAGAAGCAGUACGACAACGCUCUGUGUCACCUGCUGCAGGCCGACCAGCAGUUCAGUGUGUUGCGGUCGGCUCUGCUCAGCUCGGUGGACAACUAUGCCGUCCUGCAGCUGGACAUCGUGUGGUGUUACAGGGCCCUGGAGGCGCUGUCGUGUCUGGACGAUGGGAAGAGUCGCCUGCAGAAAGCUGAGGACUGUUUCCUCCAGUGUUACGGAGCUCAGCAGCAGAGGCUGCUCAUGAUCAAGGGUAACACGGGCAGAGAGGAGGUGCUGUUCCUCCGGCUGUACCUCCUCCAGAGUCUCCUCUCCUACAUCGAGGGAAACGACUGUCAGGCCCGGCAGCAACUGUCCAAAGUGGAGUCUCUGUACGGACGUCUGUGUCUGGACUCGGAGAAAAUGACCCAGCUGAUGGAAAUGGGUUUCACCGAGAGAGAAGCUCGACUGGGACUCAGAGCCUGUCAGGGAGACCUGCAGGAGGCUAGCAUCCACAUCAGCAACCGCAGACAGGAGCGGGAGGAGCUGCAGCAGAGGGAAAGGCAGAAGAGGAGGAGGAGGAUGGAGGCCAUCUCCACCCUGGCAGAGCUGGGCUUCUCCCGGAGAGACGCCGGCCGAGCUCUGCAUCACGCUGAUGGAGACGUGGACAAAGCUUACGCCAUCCUGGUGAGCUCCAGUCAGGCUGCUCAGGCCACCAACAACAACACGGAGGAGGCGCUGAGUCCGGACCGGCUGCAGCAGCUGCUGUAUUUGGGUUUUGAGAGAGACUCGUCUGAAGCAGCUCUCAGAUUGACCGGUGGAGACGUCCAGGCAGCGACUCAGCUGCUGCUGGACAAUCAGGGCUACUUGUCCCCGGAACUCCUGUCCACCUCCACUCCGUCCACGUCCCCUCCGUCCACCUCCACUCCGUCCACCUCCUCCUCACCGUCCUGUGAGGAGCCCAGUACUUCCUCGGCCAGCCCAGAGGACAGCGAGCUGGUCAACGAGGUCCUAGAGGACAUCUCCCAUCAUGAGGAGGAUUAUCUGGACCUGACGCUGGAGGAGGAGAGCGAGCUCAUCGCGACCAUGAAGGCCUACCUGAACCGAGAGGCCGGACACACGGCCUGACGACACCAGGCCCCUGAAACUGCAGCUCCUGCAGUAAAGUGCCAAACUGAAGCAGCAAUAAUCAGCUCCACAUUUUCAUUUUAACGUCUGGAAGGAUCAGUGAUUGUUUUGAAGGAAAACUGUGAGAAACCAAAGAUCAAAGCUCUUGAUUUGAGGAUUCCUGUCGUUGUUCUGACGACGAUACGCUUUAAGUUUGAUUCACGUUUUUUCAUUUAAACCCGUUUCCUGUUGAGCUGUCACAACUAAAGAAAAUGAUACUUUUCUGUCGGGUCAUUUGUUUGGUCGAGUCUUAACGGUUUGAAGUAGAAGUCCUGUUGGGUGUCUCUGCUGUAAGCAUAUGAACCCAGACCCGGAACAAUGUAGAGAAACCGUACUGAUGAUUACAUUAGAUACAUAUAUAUACAGUGAUAUAAUCCCCCAUGUCCACAUAUGAGGACAGGGGUUAUUUUUCAAAACAACUUCCCGUUAAUAGAUGCUUCAUCUUUAUAUGUCUUAGGACCUACUGACCCCAAAUACCUUAAAGAAAUUAAAAAUGCAUUGCAAACAAAAUCUUAGGAGGUUGAACCAGAGAACGAGGUCCUGUUACUUACAAACCUGUGUAACGGCUCCUCAAAGUGAAGCCAAAGCCAAGUACAAUAAUAAAUCUAAUUUUUAUUUGCC